GGCCAGGAAGGCACCAGGGUGGUUUCUCUGCAGAUGUGAAUCUCCAUCUCCCCCUGCCUCAAAUUCUUCUCCUACACCAAGGAAAGGUCGAUCCUGAGUGCCUUGGAGAAGGGCUUGGAGACCUGCAGGGAUCCCCACUGAAGGACAAGCCAUGCAGUAGGAGCCAGCACUCCUGGGAGGGACAGGACAUGCAGAGCCUCGGCUGCCUCCCCUGGGGACUCCUCCUCAUCCUCAGCACCGCCAGCACCGAGGGCUUUGCCCAGCCAGGUGCUGUCUGUGGGGUGUCUCUCAGUGACCCCUCUCUGCUCAGCCGCAGGGUGUGUGCCGCGGGGUCGCCGAGCCGCCGGAGCGCCCACACUGAGUCGCACGUGCAGCCCGUGUACCAGCCCUACCUCACCACCUGCCAGGGCCACCGCCUCUGCAGCACCUACAGGACCAUCUACAGGGUUGCCUACAGGCAGAGGUACAGGCAGGUGCCUGAGCCCACGGCCUCGUGCUGUCCUGGCUGGAGCAGAGCGAACGGCCACACGCUGGGCUGUAACAGAGCCCUCUGCUGGGAGCCGUGCCAGAACGGAGGGAGCUGUGCCUUCCCCGGGAGAUGCUCCUGCCCCCCAGGCUGGACAGGGAGAGCCUGCCAGACAGAUGUGGAUGAAUGUGCCAGCCAGAGCCACGGGUGCAGCCAGCUCUGCAUCAACACAGCCGGGAGCUUCCACUGCGCCUGCCAGGAUGGCUUCAGCCUCGCUGCCGAUGACAAGAGCUGCCAGCCCCUGGUGCCACUGCCCGGGACAGACACCUCCAGCCAAGCAGGUGCUUCCAGUGAAAUGAAGGAGGAAAUGCAGGAGCUGAGGAGCAGAGUGGAAGCGCUGGAGCAGAAGCUGCAGCUGGUGCUGGCCCCUUUCCACAACCUGAUGCUGCCGGAGGAUGUCGGGGCAGACCCCAUCAGCCGCCUGUCCCACUCCCUGCAGCAGCUGGACAGGAUUGACUCCCUGAGCGAGCAGAUCUCCUUCCUGGAGGAGCGGCUGGAGACCUGUUCCUGCAAGAAUGAACUCUAGCAGAGUGCCUGGGGACCUGGAGCAAUCUGAGUGCAUCCACAGCUCUUAUCUCUGAUCUCCAGGCUGGGGGUGAAGCCACAGCAUCUACAGGAAGGCACAGGGUAGCUCCCAGCAGCAUCUCCAUCGUUCUCUCUUCCAGCUCACCUCACCAAAGGGCACCCAGAUCCUGCCAAAGUGGACUCUGAGCCCUCUCCCUGCUGGAGAGGCAGCAAAUAAACGCCUUAUCUCGUGCCAUGAG